AUGCCAGCUUGGCGUGGAUCGCACUGGAUCCACGAGACCCUUGUAAUAAACGUCGGGAUAUUUGCCAUGCAAUUGCUUGCUAGCACCUUUUGGUGGGAUAUGCUGCGUCAUCCGCAGCGUUCCAGGCCGCCCGAAAGCCGCAUGGCAACCGAUGAGAUCUGUGACAACGUCGUAGUCUGCGCAAGACUUAUAAGCCUACCGCCUGGCCGUAGAAGUGCAGCUCUUCCGAUGACACCAAUCGCGACAACAACAGGCCGUACAGGUAGACGCCGCAAUCUCACGUUAUACCGGAGAGGUCUAAGGUACGGAUAG